UCUCCGCCGUCGCUCGCUGAAUGGCUGAAGGGCCGCAGCACCCCCGCCUUGGGCCUUGCAGCUACAGGUCCGCGGCGCCCAGCGUCCGCGCGGGAGGCAGGCCAGGAACCUUGCACGGUCCUGCGCCCAUCCCCGCGCUGACGCACCGCCCCGCUACGCGCCCCGCCACUCCUCUGGCGCUCGCAAUCCUCCUCACGCCCCCGGGGGAGGGGGCGCAGCGGCCACCAGAGAUACCGCAGGAGCCAGUUCUCCCUGCGGGCCCAGCCCGCGGAGACCCUGGGAGCGGGAUCUAUUUACACGAGACUAUCAAUUAGUCUCUGAGGCACCGUUUACCCACGUGCCAAUGUAACUGCCUGUGUCCGGGAGGUAGGCGCACCCAGCGCCGACCUAAGAAGAGAGCACCACUGGGUCUGCGUCCCGAACCCCAGCGCACUCCACAGUGUACCCCAGUGACUGGGCAGGACCACGGACAGCGCCUGCGACUCUGCUCCGGAGUAGCUUCCCGGCUUCCCAGUGUCGCGGGUAGAGGUACAGCUGCUCCGUGCACCAAGAGCCUGCAGGUUCUCGCCACCCCACCCCUCUCUCAGAUAUUCGGACCACCUACAACUGCCGCGUGGCUUUUUUCUUCCAAAAGGCCAGUGUCUUAUCUCUCAAGUUCAAGUUCCAAGGACUUGCCCAGUCUCCUCCCCUAAGUCAUCUCUACCAUCCUUCGGCAGCCUCGGGAAGCCGGGAGCCCUGGACUGCUCAUCGCAGAGCCAGCGCUUGCAGUCCCAGUCCGUCAGGCGCAAUAACCCGGCGCAUUCGCCUCUCUCCCUCCCUCCCUUUCUUCCUCUCCUUCCCCCUUCCUCUCUUGCCCCUUAAGUUUCCUGCACCGUGAAUCUAAUUGCCAAGCCUAGGCUCCUGCGGAACCCACCCUGAGCGCGCCCGGGCACCGCGACACUGACUCCAUCGAGGCUGGACAAGGCAGCGGGACUGGUCCGCGCCCGAGCACGCAGACAAAGUGCCAAGGAGGGUAUGUCCGGGGUGCUGGAGACGCCAGGCCCUAGUAGCUCCUCCAUGGAGUCUGCCCAGAGUGAUUUCUGCUCACCGGAUUCGCCCCCAGUUUUGUGCGGCUGCUGAGAGCGCUCCUUGCUCUGUAAAGUGGAUGUCAGGUGGAUCUAUGUUUUUGAAGGAACAAAGACUCAGCGAAGGCACCGCCAGGGAAGUUUGAGACGCGGGAGGAUGCAGGCUGCGUGCUGGUACGUGCUUCUCCUCUUGCAGCCCACCGUCUACUUGGUCACAUGCGCCAAUUUAACAAAUGGUGGAAAGUCAGAACUUCUAAAAUCAGGAAGCAACAAAUCCACACUAAAGCACAUAUGGACAGAAAGCAGCAAAGACUUGUCUAUCAGCCGACUCCUGUCACAGACUUUUCGUGGCAAAGAAAACGAUACAGAUUUAGACCUGCGAUAUGACACCCCAGAACCUUAUUCUGAGCAAGACCUCUGGGACUGGCUGAGGAACUCCACAGACCUUCAAGAGCCUCGGCCCAGGGCCAAGAGAAGGCCCAUUGUUAAGACGGGCAAGUUUAAGAAAAUGUUCGGAUGGGGUGAUUUUCAUUCCAACAUCAAAACAGUGAAGCUAAACCUGUUGAUCACUGGCAAAAUUGUAGAUCAUGGCAAUGGGACAUUUAGUGUUUAUUUCAGGCAUAAUUCCACUGGUCAAGGGAAUGUAUCUGUCAGCUUGGUGCCCCCUACGAAAAUCGUGGAAUUCGACUUGGCACAACAAACCGUGAUUGAUGCCAAAGAUUCCAAGUCCUUUAACUGUCGCAUUGAAUAUGAAAAGGUUGACAAGGCUACCAAGAACACACUCUGCAACUAUGACCCUUCAAAAACCUGUUACCAGGAGCAGACCCAAAGUCACGUGUCCUGGCUCUGCUCCAAGCCCUUUAAGGUGAUCUGUAUUUACAUUUCCUUUUAUAGUACAGAUUAUAAACUAGUACAGAAAGUGUGCCCCGACUACAACUACCACAGUGACACACCUUACUUCCCCUCUGGAUGAGGAUGAACACGGGGGUGAGACUGAAGCCUGAGGAAUUAAAGGUCAUGUGACAGGGCUGUUACCUCAAAGAAGAAGGUCACAUCUGUUGCCUGGAAUGUGUCUACACUGCUGCUCUCGUCAACUGGCUGCACAUAUGCUAGUGGAAAACAAUUUGAUGUAAUUCCUGCCCAGUCAGCUUCAUCUCUCAGUAUAGUUGUAAAUCAUCACAGAUUUUAAAGCCACACUUGAAGACAUGCUCUCACAUAUAGAUGCACACGAACCCACACUCAUACACAUUUCUGCCUGCAUCUGUCAUGAUUCCUGUUGAGAGGGCUUUCAUUGUCUGAUUCAUAACGGUUCAGGAUAAACUAUCAUGAAGCAAAAGGAUUAACUAGACAGUGAAUGGUUUCUAACCCUUGCUGUUGUAAAAUCUCUUUUAAAGUCUUGAGUACAUGCUAAUCAAUAAUCCCCCCUCAUGCAUUCCUACUGCUUGGAGUAGCUGUACUGGUAAAUACUACUGUAGGAGUAUAUGCUUGUUAAAAUGGAAAAAACUAUGUCUUUAGAGCUCAGUAUUCUUUAUUUUAUGAACACGACGAAGUGUAGUAACUUUUUUCCAGCAUACAAUAGGCACAUUCAAGGUGAUACAAGAUGGCUCUUUUUUUCUGUGGAGGGAGCCUGUUCUCAGUAAAGAUGAGCAAACAUUUGGAAUUUACAUGUGGGCAGAUAUUGGAUUACAGCUUUCAUCACCAACCAUUGGACUUCCGCAAUGUUGAGACCAGCUAAAGCUGCUUAAAACAAGUUCUGAUCAUUAUAUAAGAAGGGAAAUGCCUGACAGACACCGUGUAAGUUAUAAGUGUCUGUCUUAUCUUUACUACACAUAUUGUAACAAAUUCAAUAUCCUAGUCUUCAUUUGUAUGAAUGGUUUGUAUUGUACAUAGUUCAACCAAGUGUUAUUUGAGCUGCUUAUUAAUAUUAACUUGUACUUGUCUCUCUGCUUGUUAUUGGUUAAAAAAGAAAAAAAAAGGAUAUGAGGAACCAUUUUAUCAAUGUAGCUGUGAACUCCAUUAAAAAGACAAACUUAAUGUACAAAGCAUUUAUUCAGCUCAAGUAUUGUUGAAAACUAUACAUAUACAACAUUACAGUCUGUCUGUAUUUAGAUAUUUUAUUUCUGGACAAAAUGAAAUGUACAUAAAAAUAAAAUGCUUAAAGUUGAGUU